UGGAUAGUUCUCGCGGCAGUUGAGCCCUCGUGCGAGUGUACUGUCUGUGUGUGGUAUAGUGAGCGCGGUGGAGCGACGGGGAAGGAGAACGGAUACGGUUAGCAAGAUAGCGAAAUACAACGUCAUACUUAAAACAAUUUCAACAUUUUAUAACUUUAACGUAUGGUUUCGGACUUAUAUGGGAAUUCCCCGGGCAUUUGUCCGAGUCACGAAGGGCAACCAUAGGAGUUUUCUUUGAACAAGAGCGUCUCAAUCGCAUGGUACCUGACCUACACUCGGAUAGACACUCCGAAUCUCUUCUGCCUGUGUCAGCCGACCGUGAUCACUCGGGAGGAAAAAAAACUGGCUCUGAUCGGGAGAUGUGUAUACUGGUUGGUCUCAAGCAAGACUGUUGUCCUCUUUUGGCCAUGAACGGAACAUUUUGAAAAGGCAGCGGUGGGGCGGAAAUAUUGUUCUAUUCAUUAUCGUGGAUGACUGGACUCCUUGGGAGACGCAGUCAUACUCCCAGAGGAUAAAGAGCUUACACGUACGGAUCGCAAGAGCCGAGGACUGCCCCCGAGGACUGGGCUUUGUGUCCGAGCGCCUGUGUGUGCAGGGAGGGGUGUCGGGCCAUCAUCGCUGAUCUACUCGGAUUACUAAAAUAUAGAAAGCUAGAUUUCUUGGAUUUCCAACUAAAAAGGAUACACUCAAGAUGUAUCCACAGGGCCGGCAUCCGGCACCACACCAGCCUGGUCAACCGGGGUUCAAAUUCACUGUUGCAGAGUCUUGCGACCGGAUCAAAGACGAGUUUCAGUUCCUGCAAGCCCAAUACCACAGUCUUAAGGUGGAGUACGACAAACUGGCCAACGAGAAGACGGAGAUGCAGCGUCACUACGUUAUGUAUUACGAGAUGUCUUACGGGCUCAACAUCGAGAUGCACAAACAGACGGAGAUUGCCAAACGGCUCAAUGCGAUCUUAGCUCAAAUUAUGCCUUUUUUGUCACAAGAGCACCAACAGCAGGUUGCUCAGGCAGUUGAGCGUGCCAAGCAGGUGACCAUGACCGAGCUGAAUGCCAUCAUCGGGCAGCAGCAGCUCCAGGCGCAGCACCUGUCCCACGCGGCCCACGGGCCCCCCGUCCAGCUGCCCCCCCACCCGUCGGGCCUGCAGCCGCCCGGCAUCCCCCCCGUGCCCGGCUCGGGCUCCGGCCUGCUGGCCCUGGGGGCGCUGGGCAGCCAGGCCCACCUGCCCGUCAAGGACGAGAAGAACCACCACGAGCUGGAGCACAGAGAGCGCGAGUCGAGCACGAAUAACUCGGUGUCCCCGCCGGACAGCCUGCGCGCGGGCAGUGAGAAGCACCGCGGCUCCUCUGACUACAGCCUGGACUCCAAGAAGCGCAAGCUGGAGGAGAAGGACAGCAUGAGCCGAUACGACAGCGACGGGGACAAGAGCGAUGACCUGGUGGUGGACGUGUCCAAUGAGGAUCCCGCCACCCCGCGCGUCAGCCCCGCCCACUCCCCGCCAGAGAACGGCCUGGACAAGUCCCGCCCCCAACAGAAGAAAGACGCCCCCAACAGCCCCGCCUCCGUGGCCUCCUCCGGCAGCACCCCCUCCUCCAAGACCAAGGAGCACGUCCAUAAUGACAAGUCCACCACGCCGGGGCUGAAGUCCAACACCCCCACCCCACGCAACGAUGCCCCCACCCCAGGCACCAGCACCACCCCGGGACUCCGACCCAUCGUGGGCAAGCCCCCCGGCAUGGAGGCAUUAGCCCGCCUCGGGCCGCCCAUCGCGGGCUCCUACGCCACCCCCUUCGCCAUGAUGGGCACCGAAAUGCGCCUCGACCAGCCCUGGGUGACGCCUGCCUCCACUCUCCCCCAGAUGGCCUCGCUGCGCCCUCCUCGAGGAGCCCUUGUUCGCGUGUUGCAGGCCGGGUUCGAUCCCCACCCACACAUGAGAGCGCCCGGCCUUCCCGCCAGCCUGACCUCCAUCUCGGGCGGAAAACCGGCGUACUCCUUCCACGUGAGCGCUGACGGACAGAUGCAGCCGGUGCCCUUUCCUCCGGACGCCCUGAUUGGCCCGGGCAUCCCCCGCCACGCCCGCCAGAUCAACACGCUGAGCCACGGCGAGGUGGUGUGCGCCGUCACCAUCAGCAACCCCACCCGCCACGUCUACACCGGCGGCAAGGGCUGCGUCAAGAUCUGGGACAUCAGCCAGCCCGGCAGCAAGAGCCCCGUGUCCCAGCUGGACUGCCUGAACCGGGAUAACUACAUCCGCUCCUGCAAGCUGCUGCCGGACGGGCGCACGCUGAUCGUGGGCGGCGAGGCCAGCACGCUGACCAUCUGGGACCUGGCCUCCCAGACGCCGCGCAUCAAGGCCGAGCUCACGUCCUCCGCCCCCGCCUGCUACGCCCUGGCCAUCAGCCCCGACGCCAAGGUCUGCUUCUCCUGCUGCAGCGACGGCAACAUCGCCGUCUGGGACCUGCACAACCAGACGCUGGUCAGGCAGUUCCAGGGGCACACGGACGGCGCCAGCUGCAUCGACAUCUCCCACGACGGCACCAAGCUGUGGACCGGGGGCCUGGACAACACGGUGCGGUCCUGGGACCUGCGGGAGGGCCGGCAGCUGCAGCAGCACGACUUCACCUCCCAGAUCUUCUCCCUGGGCUACUGUCCGACGGGCGAGUGGCUGGCCGUGGGCAUGGAGAGCAGCAACGUGGAGGUCCUGCACCACACCAAGCCCGACAAGUACCAGCUGCACCUGCACGAGAGCUGCGUGCUCUCCCUCAAGUUUGCCUACUGCGGUAAAUGGUUUGUGAGCACUGGAAAGGACAACCUGCUCAACGCCUGGAGGACUCCGUACGGCGCCAGCAUUUUCCAGUCAAAGGAGUCCUCGUCCGUCUUGAGCUGCGACAUCUCUGCAGAUGACAAGUACAUCGUCACGGGCUCCGGGGACAAGAAGGCCACAGUGUAUGAAGUCAUCUACUAGACCUGCAGGCUGCCGUCCACAAAACAGCAGGCCUGAGCCGGGGGGAAUGCUGGCUCCUCCUCCUUUUCCUCCUCCUCCUUGACUGACCCCUCCUCCAGACUCCCAGGAUGUGGACUGCACACUGCGAGAGGGGCGGAGCCCAUCUCAGCCCCCCUCACCCCCCCCCCCGCCCCCCCACUGCGGAACCCCCGCUCAUUCGGCUAACACUUCCUGACUGAGCACAGUUCUUACGGCACUAGAGAAGUAAAUAUUGUCUCAGCUUUUCUCCUCUUUGUUCUGUUCCUGGGAUCAUGGUGUUUUUUUGUGUUUUUACACAAUGAGAACGUUCCGUAACUGAACAUGAAGCGGCGCUUCAUUUUUAACCUGGCUCGUUCGCUGGAAGUCUUGUGAAAAGUGUAAAUACUGGAGUAAUAAAGGCGUUUUAUAAAUAUA